CAGUUUCGCAUUUUUGGAGCAGACGUCACGGGUGGGCAAGUUUGGGCUAGCCCAUGAGCUAGCCGCGAUCCUCGCGAAAGCGUGUAAAUUAAUGCGUUGAAAAUUUGUACCCCCUUAUGCGCGUCCUAAUAUUGCUGCCGCUACUACGCGGCUCAGAAAUAUUGCCUGAGGCGGCACUUGCUUUACUCAUUCGCUGGACUUGAUCACCGUUUCGGCGUUCUCAAAAUCGCCGUUGUUGCUGGCCUGCCGCGGAGACGCUUUCAGACUGACGGCGUGAUUCUGUGCGUCGGCUCGUUUGGCGUCGUUGUCUCUGGACUGGCUGAAUCCUACAACAUUAUUCUCUCUUUCGUUUGUGCAACUGCAGCAGACUUCGCCCAAUGGCGAACCACUUCCUCCCAGAUCUCAAGCUUGUCCUGAAGGGCGCGGAACAAGUGGCAAAAGCCCUGUGCGAACACGGCGCCUCUGAGCUUCGACAGUCAUGGCACAACUCGAGCGUCAGGACGGUGGCGAAAAAGGUGACCAUGGACGUCGAAGAUGUGGUCAGCAACGCCGUGGCGAAUCCUCAGAAAGCUGGGUUGGAAGCUGCAAAAGCCGUCUCUGAGACCGUGCAGAGGUUGUCCAUGGUACCAGAGGGCAUCAAGCAGUUUUCGGUGCACGCGAUCCAGCAUUCACGGCAUCAAGAUGCUCACACAGUGGAUGCGUCUAAGACGUCGUCCUGGGAUGGCUUACAAGACGAAACCCAUCUCGGCUACACGCCCAGCACCAGUUCCAGAGGUCUCUGCAGCCUACACUAAGCAUGGCGUCAAUGCGGCAGCUGGCACUGUGCUAGAAAUCCCCACGGUGUACAACCAGCAUGUUGGCAGCGCUGACACAAUGCCCGGUCCAACCACGAGAGGCGAUGCUUCGUCAACACUGGACAGACCCAUUUCGCCGGUGAAGCCAAGUGUAACAACAGAACAAAAGCCAGGUGCCCAGGUAAUACAGCAGCGACCCGUCUUUUCUGAAAGCGCACCGAUGAAACAACAUUUCGUGACCCCAAGUCAUAAACCAAUGCUGACUGAGCACUCCAAGGCCUCAAAAGUGCCUGCUUCGAGAGUCGGAAGGCUAAUUUCAUACGGAGGUCUUGCUGCUGGACUGGGCCUAGGGGCGCUCGCGGAAGUGACCCGACGAACCCUGGGCAUGACGGAUUCAAAGACGGACAUCGGCUCGGCGGUGUUAACUGCUGACAACCCGUUCCUGACCCAAGCCAACAUCAGCCGCAUUGUGGAUACGCUCUGCAAGGUCCGCGGAGCCGCGCUCAAGAUUGGUCAGAUCCUCAGUAUUCAAGAUAAUACGCUGGUCAGUCCUCAAAUCCAGGCAAUAUUUGAGCGUGUCAGACACUCCGCAGACUUCAUGCCUGAGUGGCAAAUGGAGAGGGUGAUGGUGCAAGAAUUGGGAUCUGAAUGGGAAUCAAAAGUGGCAUCGUUCGAGCGCAAGCCGUUUGCGGCAGCCUCUAUCGGCCAAGUUCAUCAUGCCACUCUGCAUGAUGGAAGGGCAGUGGCAGUAAAAAUUCAGUAUCCCGGUGUCGCCAAAGGAAUCAACAGCGAUAUCAACAACCUCAUGGCCAUACUCAAGUACUGGGACAUAAUCCCAAGAGGCAUGUACAUUGACAAUGUUGUAUCCGUGGCCCGCCGGGAACUCGCCUGGGAAGUAGACUACCUGCGGGAGGCCGAGUGUGCCAAGAAGUUCAAGAAACUGGUGGCGCCGUAUCCCGAGUACUAUGUCCCAGAUGUCAUCGACGAAUUGUCAACAGCCCAGGUGUACACAAUGGAGCUCAUCACGGGGACCCCUGUAGACAAGCUCGUCGAUGCUUCGCAGGAACUGAGGAACAGGGUCUGUUACAGCCUGCUGAAGUUGUGCCUGCUGGAGCUGUACGACUUCAACUUCAUGCAGACGGACCCCAACUGGUCAAACUUCUUCUACAACGGCGACACUGACCAGAUCAUGCUCCUCGACUUCGGUGCGUGCCGUGAAUUUGAAAAGAGCUUUGUGGACAAGUACAUGCGGGUGAUCAAGGCCGCAGCCGACUGCGAUGAAGCCAAGGUGCUGGCAUAUUCCAAAGAUCUCGGCUUCCUCACCGGCUACGAGGCCAAGGUGAUGCAGAAGGCGCACGUCGACGCGGUCAUGAUCCUGGGCGAAGCGUUCUCCAGGGACGGUCCCUUCGACUUCGGGAUGCAGAACACGACACGCCGGAUACAGAACCUGGUGCCCGUGAUGCUGCAGCACCGGCUGACGCCACCACCCGAAGAGACAUACUCAUUGCAUCGGAAGCUCUCCGGAAUAUUCCUGCUCUGCGCCAAGUUGCGCGCCAACAUUAACUGCAAGAAAAUGUUCGACGAGACCUAUGCUCGAUACCGAUUCGAGAGCUGAUGCAUCGUACAUAGGCAGUUGGCAGUGCAGGUCGAUGGUACUAGUGUAGCAUAAGGAGCAGUCCCCUUAAGGCUCAGGUCCGCGUUCACGGACUUCAAUUACUGGACCAUUGGAAUGUUGUGACAAGACAUGCCACCCAUGCAGUUGUGAUAGCACGAUUAUUUGCCGCUAAUGACCUUGCGGGUGCCUCAAUAGACCCUUUUCCUUAAUCUCAAGUACGCUUCACUGCAAUGCACAUUCAGUCAAGUAAUGACUGCACUGGUCAUGGUUUAAAUGAAGGCGAGGUACGUCGCUAGCUGCAUAUGCUGGGGCCAUACGUGCCGUUUGCAAAAAUGGCGUAUGCUGCCAUUAGCGGGAAAGCUAAUUUUAUAAUUAAGAAGCUAGUCCAUUACAAUUGCUCUUUAGCUAAACAAUGGCACCUGCCUCCCCUAAGACAUCUGCAUUCAAAGCUCUGAAAUGAAGCGGAGUUUGCAGCGAAGUCUUAACACUGUUUUGUAGCUACGGCACAGUCAGAUUUUGCUAUGUGGACAGUCACACCAAUAUGCGUGUGGUAAUCCCCCGAAGCAACCAAACAUUGCGUUCUGAACACGAUGCUGUUGAUAAGUAGGUACACCCGGUGAUUGAAACAAUCGUCUUAGAUACGUAGUAUCCUUUGAAAACUACUAGGGCAUUAAGUUUGAAAGCUUGUCGCAAGCAUGAGAAGCUGAAACUUUUGGCAGCUGUGCCACAUUUAAUCAAAGUGCAGCAAUCUCGAAUGCAAUACUGUUUGCAAUUGCAGUUUUCACUUGCUCAGUACUUCGACUUGCUUGGGAAGCAUUGUGGCAUCGGCAACUAAAAAUACCAAGAGGGCAGCGAGAAUGAUGCCAAAUAAUUUGCAAACAGUUUGUGCCAUCUUUGCUUUACACAGUGUAGGCCAUAUCCACAUCUGGACUUUUCCCGAGAGCAGCAUUACUUACUGACUGGUGUAGUCAGUGCACCUCUGCGACAUUCUUUGGCAAUAUUAAAGCUACAACUUCAUAAUUAGGUUCUUCUUGCAUCUACUCAAAAGUACUGGACAAGAGUAGCAUUUCUGAAGCAAUUCCUUGUGAGAGAAAUCGCCAAGGGCCACUGCAGAGCUACAAUGAUCACUUCAGUUAACUGGCAGCUCUGCCCUCACCACAGCUAAAUCAAGGAGGAACAUUCAGUCGAGGUGCAUUUGUGAACACAAUAGCUUGCUUUGCAGUCUACACAACACUCUUUUGCUCUUUUCAAAGAACAAA